CCAUCACCACUAUCACCAGCAGCUCACACACCAACACCUCUAACAGUCACCACCAUGACCAGCAGCUCACACACACCAACACCAACUAUCACCCGACCCUUGGGCCAGUUACACCACCACCGCCAUCACCACCAGCAGCUACACACCACCAUCACCAUCAACACCAACAAACACCCGACCCUCGGGCCCAAGGUCACCUUCCAGGUGCCAGAGGAGUACAUUUCGCGGGAGCUGUUUGAUACAGUUCAAGUUUAUAUCAUAACCAAGCCCGAGUUACAGAACAAGCUCAUCACUGUGACUGCUAUGGACAAGAAGCUGAUUGGUUGCCCUAUGUGUAUAGAACACAAGAAAUAUGUCCGGAAUGCUCUUCUUUUCAAUCUGGGCUUUGUGUGUGAUGCCGGAGUCAAAACCUGCUCCCUCGAGCCAAUUGUUAAAAAGCUGGCUGGGUACCUCACUACGCUGGAGCUGGAGAGCGGAUUUAUAUCCAAUGAGGAUAGCAAGCAGAAGCUGGUUCCUAUAAUGACAAUUAUUCUGGAGGAACUAAACGCCCAUGGAGAAUGCUCUCUGCCGAUUGAUGAAUCUAAUACCAUUCACCUGAAGGUGAUUCCCCAGCGGAGAGACCAGCCUGUGGUGCAGGAGUAUGGUGUGCCUGUCUUCACUCAAUGUAAAGAGGAUUUCAUCAAAUCCCACCGCGAUCUCACUACACAGCAGAUUCUGCCAUAUAUUGAUGGAUUCCGUCAUAUUCAGAAAAUCUCUGCUGAAGCAGACGUGGAGCUGAAUUUAGUGCGGAUAGCUGUUCAAAAUUUACUAUACUAUGGGGUUGUAACAUUAGUGCCAAUAUUUCAGUAUUCUAAUGUGUACUGCCCAACUCCGAAGGUACAGGAUCUGGUGGAUGACAAGAUCUUGCAAGAUGAAUGUUUGGUGUAUGUCACAAAGCCAGGACACAAACGUGCCAGUCUGCGAGACGUGUUCCAGCUUUACUGUGGCCUGAGCCCUGGCACCACAGCUCGUGAUCUGUGCUCCCGCUAUGCUCAGCAGCUUCAGCAUGUGGAGGAGAGAAAAUUGAUCCAGUUUGGUCUGAUGAAAAAAUUGAUCCGUCGACUCCACAAGUACCCAGUAAAACUGAACCGAGAGGAGAGGAGCGGACCACCGUCCCUCUACACUGGCUCACACAGUUGCGAUGAAAUUUGCUGCAAAACUGGAAUUAGUUGCAAGGAGUUGGAUGAAAGGCUGGAGAAUGACUCGAAUAUCAUGGUUUGCUGGAAAUGAGCGAGGAGGAGCCUGUGGGCUGGGGAUGUGCUGCAGUGUUGGAGCCUGUGCAGAUGGAUGCUGAAGGAAGAUCCUGUGGCACUAUGUGAAAAGACAAGUUUGUCUGAUCAACAAUCUUCCAAAUCAAAGUGGUCAUUCACUUCAUGGCUGUCAGCAUCUGCAUCUAGUUCACUGGAUUGUCACCUACACCAUAUCAGAAAUAACUUGCUCUUGUAUAUGGUUUUGUAAAACUUACAUUAGGGACAUUGCCACUUGUGAAAAAGAGGUGGAGAGAAAAUAAAUCCAAUAACAUUAUUCUUGAGUUCUAGUCUUCAGAACCUGGCAAAAAAUAAAUCAAACAGAUCAGGUGAUGAGGAAGAGGGUCAUUUGAGUUUGAGACAAACUAUGUGUCGGGUCUCUUUAUGAUAACAAAACAAUGCCCAUUGUAUCGGAAAAGGGCUCUUAAAACUCAAGAAGUGGUGUACUUCACAGCUUUCUGCAAACCCUAAAGCAGUUUGGAUACCUCGUGCACCUCCAAUUGGGAGACAAAACAAAAUCAGGCUUUUAGUUUGCAUCUUAAAACACUCAAAUAUCUAUUCAUAACUAUUAUGUAAGGUUUGUGCUAAAAGAAACAAUGCUCCCAGCUAUAUCUCCAUACAACGGGAGGUAGUUGAGAAAAUGAGACAUCCUAAUAUCUCAA